AUGUGUGGAGUGAUAGACACUAAAAACACUGUCGGCUCAAGCUCAAGAGAUCUAUUUUACCUUGACUUAUCGAAAAAUUUUAAAGAUUCGUUACCAAUUAUUGAAAUUUCAUCUAAUUUACCGGUAAAAAACAUGUGGACAACGGCGAACGCAUAUGGCUCAACAAUUUUUUUGUGUGGCGGCUGGUUAAGUUAUGUGUCAAAUGGGACUCUAGAUAAUAUCGACUAUGUUUUUACAUUUUCAACUCAGGAUAAUACAUGGCAAAGACCUUCAAUCUAUGGUACGCCACCGACUUCACAUCCGCUUGCAGCCGUAUCCUCUGUUAUUGAUAAAGCUGGAAAAAUAUAUUUAUUUGGAGGAGACAAUGGUACUACAGCUUAUAGUAAAAUGUAUAUAUUGGAUACUAUAAAUUUAACGUGGUUAGAUAGCAGCGAUGCAGGCAUGGCCUUUAAUAAAACGCUCUAUGCAAGUGUUUUAUUAAAUAAUGGUGAGAUUCUAUACAUUGGCGGUUUGUAUCCAUCGGGGCCAGCUGGUGCUGUGGCGGUGUCCAAUGAGAUUUAUUUAUUUGAUAUUCGAAAGAAUGCAUGGACAACAGAAUUUAUUUCAAAUAUAACUCAAGCAACAACUGGAAAACCAACUACAACUGAAGACCCAACUACAGCCAGUGUCUCAACUUCACCCACCACGAAUUCAAAUCCACAAAGUAGCACGACUCUAAUAGCCAUAAGUGAAGAUAUGCAUUAUACUUUCUUGUUUCUUUUCCAUAUCUUUACGGCAGCCUUAAGAACAAAUGACGCGUCCGCGAUAGACUGCCCUGUUCUAUUGGAAGCCAGUAAACUGUCAAGUUGUCAUCGUAUACGGCUGGCUGAUUUUAAGAUAAAAGGCUAUUGGGUUUUUUUAGAUGAAAGCACAAUGACAACUAGUUCGGCUCUUAAAGGAAUGCCAGGAUACAUUAAUCCACAGUGUGUUCUUACGUAUGGAUUUAAGAGAAACAAAAAGUCGGACAUUUUCAGCUAUGGAAUCAUUUUAUGGGAAGUAUCGAGUUGCAAACCUCCAUGUCCACCGCUCAAUCCAAUUGAAGGUACUCCCAGAAAUUUUGUUGAAUUGUAUAAAAGAUGCCAAAAUAUAACUCCAGACGAACGACCGAAUAUAGAAGAAAUAGUUUCUAUUUUACAGACUCUUGCUUAUUAA